AUGAGUACUUAUCCGGUAGUUCAUGUCACAUCUUUUCCCCGCAACGAGACUGAUGCACGAUUAAGAGAAAUCGACGUCAGCGACAUCGGAACAAGGUUACGUGCUCAAGAUGCAGUGAAACUUGAAACUUUCAAAUUACGAAACAUGGUUGGGAAAAAUAACAUCAGCGACUCGUUGUUCUUCCUGUACAUGAUGUACAAUAUUCACCGUCAAGUACUAGAAGAGAAGGAAAUUGUGGACUUACUGAGCGACCCAAGAGAACAAUUUGAUGUUGUCAUACUUGAAUGGUUAUUCAGCAAUUUUAUUGCAGGAAUUGCUCCACUAUUCCAAUGUCCGCUGAUUUGGUUUGGAUCAACGGAAGCGCAUUGGCAAGUUUUGAAAAUUAUCGACGAAUCGCCAAAUCCGUCUUUCAACGUCGAUCUGUUCUCUACGAACCGACCGCCCUUAACUUUCUGGGAGAGGACCAUGGAGCUCUGGACGAUGUUAAAAAGAUCCGCAAUCAUCAGGAUCUCCAAAUCU